AUGACUGGCGAUUCAGGUGACGAUAAGCAAACCCUUUUGCAUAGCCAGGACGCCUAUCAUGGAUCAAUCAAAGAGAGGACACAAUCCUAUCGCAGCAUUGAUGUCAAUUCGGGCGAUACAAGCGAAGAUGAUGAUACCGAUACCAGCGGGGUUGGUCUCAUAUUGUUAACAUUAUGUCUUGCCAUUGGCUCUGGAUUACCUUGCAUAGACGUAUCUAUCUGCUUUACUAUCAUGACCCAAAUCGGCACAGAAUUUCAAAAUGCUCAUCUUUCAACGUGGAUUCACAAUUCCUAUACACUCGCUUCCAUGACUACCGUGCCUAUAGCUGCCAAGCUAGCAGAUAUUUUCGGUCGCAAACCUAUCCUAGUUGGUCUCACAACCUUAUUCUUGCUUGGAUCAUAUGGUUGUGGUGUUGCACAAACGUUGCCGCAAAUCGUGGCUGCAAGAGCUGUUGCUGGUUUUGGAUCGGGAGGUGCUAUUCUUAUGGCGAACGUGGUAAUUCAUGAUCUCGUUCCUCUUGCCAAACGUAGCCGAUAUCAGUCGGUCCUGAACACAGUGCAAUCGCUUGGAAUUGCAUUUGGAUCGCCAUUGGGUGGAUUCAUCACUGAUACCUUUGGAUGGCGAUAUUGUUUCAAGAUCAACAUCCUCCCCCUCCUAUUCAAUGUUUAUGUUUAUUGUUUUCGGCUCAACAACUAUCGUGCAGCAAGCAUGCGCAAAGACAUCAGUGUAUGGGAUCAGCUACGCUCCAUUGAUUUCCUAGGUGUUGUGCUUUUAUCGAGCGCCAACGUGUUGCUGGUGAUUGCCUUUUUAUUCGGUGGCAACACUCAUCCAUGGACACACCCAUUUAUUCUUGGUGUACUUGGUGGUGCUUUUAUGGCAUUCCUUCUCUUUGCUUUACAUCAGGCAUAUGGCACUUCUCAUCCCUUGGUGAAACAUACAUUGGCAACAAACCGCAACGUCCUAAUCGGCUGUAUUGGUAUGUUCUUGACGUGUUUCAGCGAUGGAUCGUUGAAUUACUCGCAACCUCAGUUUUUCAUGGGAGUGCUGGGCUUCACGACUUCAAAAUCGGGGUUGUGGAAUAUGGUUGAGGCACUUUCCCUGCCACUAGGAAGUAUGGCCGCGGGGCAGUACAUUCGAAAAACGGGAUACUUCAAGACAUGCAUGAUUAUGAUGGGUGCAGUGUUUGCCAUUAGUGCUGGAUGCUCGACUCAAUGGAUGGUAGGCAAGUUACCAUUUUUUAUCGGCAUCAUGUUGUUUGUCGUACUCGGUAUAGCCAUUGGCUCCCUUGUAGUUACAGUAACCAUGGCAACAGCUAGCGACAUUCCUAAAUCAGAGGUGUCAUCGGCUAUGCUCAUGAUGAUCCUUUGUCGCUUUAUCGGAUAUACUAUGGGGCCUGCUUCGGUUGCUGCCAUUGUGCAGGGUAAUAUCAAAGAUUUGCUGCAUAAAAGAAUCACUGGUCCAGAUGCAGACGAGCUUAUUCAAUUCAUUCGAACGUCCAUACGCAAGACCUAUACCUUAUCACCAGAGCUUCAAGCCAUUGUAGCAGACGUGCUUGGCCAAACAUUGCAAAGAGCUUUUUUCAUGAUGAGUAUCACCAUGACGCUCGCCACAUGCAUCUUUCUUCUUGCCAAGAACGUCAAUCUCAAGACUGCAAACCACCAAUGA